AUGAUACCAUUGCUCCAUCUUAUAUCUCUGAUCACCCUAAUACCAUGCUCCAGUUCAAUAGAGGAUAAUAAGAUUGCCUCUUCUUGCUGUGGAACACCAGGGAUUCCAGGUAUACCUGGGACACAUGGUAAUGCUGGAUUACCUGGUAGGGAUGGAAGAGAUGAAAAAGCUGGGUCCCCUGGCACAAGUGAAUCUAAAGGUGAUACCUGGAGCACAGGAAUUCCAGGUGCUCGAGGUUUCCCCGGUAUGGCCAGUCCUUCUGGUUUACAAGAUGAGAAAGGGGUGCAGGGAAAAUGUGCUGUGUCCUCCUGCUCUGCAUUUAGUGCCAAGCUAUCAGAGUCUCGCACAUCACCCAUACCUGGGCAACCUGUUCCCUUUGAAAAAGUAUUAAUAAAUGAACAGGGGCAUUACAAGCCAGAAACUGGAUGUUUCCACUGUGUUGUACGAGGGCUCUUGUACUUCUUCAUCCAUGGCACUGUCUUCCGUGGAUCACUUCACCUGCAGCCAUGGGCGUCCACAUAUAGAGGCAAGUGGGGGGGGGAGGGCACUGCCCCCCUGGACUUGUACUUCAUGCCUAUCUUGCCCAUGUGCAUCUGUAAUGGCAAAGCCUGGGACCCUGAGGGAGAAGGCACUUACCCCACCACACGAUCAUCAGUGUCAGACUGGGACACCAGGGGCCCACUAUCAGUACGGUUUCCAACGGGGAACCUUUUGACGGUGAGCUUGCGCACCCGAACGAAAGUCCGAGAUUACAACAGCACCUGUGUGGGUGCCGAAGCUGAGAGCAGUGAGCGGGGUGUACGCGCCGCAGCGCAGAGUCACUUAGCGGGCUGGAGCUAG